CGGAAGCCCUCCGAAAAAGCGUUCCGGGUAUUCCCCUCCGUAAAAUCGCCUCGUAAAAGCCCUUUUUCUUGUCCGUUUUUACCGAAAAUCCGAGCAAAAACCGACAGCGCUCGAAUGAAGGUCAGUACAUAUAAUUAGCUCGUUUUUUCUUCUACCUUGAACGUAACCGCCACAUUUUUCGAAAAAUCGCCACUAGACGCAUCCCAUUCGCUAUGAAGGGCACCCGCUAUAAAAGCCCCGUGCAAGCCACUAACGAAUCUCAGUGCUGCGUGAAAGUGACAGUGAGAAAGUGAAAGAUGGAUUCGAAACAAUUCAGGGAGUUCGCCAAAGCCGCUGUGGAUUACAUCGCGGAUUACAUCGAUUCGGUGGAGGACCGACCCGUGUUGUCGGGGGUGUCCCCAAACUACUUGAGCGAACUUAUCCCCGAUGAGCCCCCACAGACCGGAGAAGCUUGGCAGGAGGUCCUGCAAGACGUCGACAGGAUAAUCAUGCCCGGACUCACCCACUGGAUGUCGCCACAUUUCCACGCUUAUUAUCCGACGGCUUGUUCUUUUCCUGCUAUUGUCGGGGAACUCAUGAGCGCUGGGUUUGGUUGCGUUGGUUUAAGCUGGGUGGCGAGUCCCGCCUACACCGAACUCGAAGUCGUCAUGAUGAAUUGGCUGGGGAAACUCCUCAACCUGCCUGAGGAGUUCCUCAACUGCUCUGAAGGACCCGGAGGCGGCGUCAUCCAGGGCUCCGCAAGCGAAGUCACUUUCGUCGCCCUCUUAACCGCCAAAGAGAAAAAGGUCGCGGACAUCAGGAGUGUGCACCCGGAGAUCUCGGAGGCCGAGAUUAAGGGCAAGCUCGUGGCGUACUCCUCCAACCAAUCUAACUCGUCGGUGGAGAAAGCCGGUCUCUUGGGUUCCAUGACCAUGAGACUCCUACCGGUGGAUGACAAAGGGCAGCUAAGGGGCGGCACGUUACUAGAGGCGAUUAGAAAAGACAAAGAACAAGGACUGAUUCCCUGCUACGUGGUGGCUAACCUGGGGACUACGCCGACGUGCGCUUUCGAUAAGCUGGAAGAGUUGGGGCCGAUCUGUCGCGACGAGGAGAUUUGGUUGCACGUGGACGCGGCGUACGCCGGGACAGCGUUCAUAUGCCCAGAGUAUAGACACCUCAUGAAAGGUAUCGACUACGCGGACUCCUUCAACUUCAACCCCCACAAAUGGAUGUUGGUCAACUUCGACUGCUCCGCCCUUUGGAUGAGAAACGCCAAGCACCUCGUGGAGGCCUUCAACGUGGAGCGCAUCUACCUGAAGGAUCAGCACAAAGGACUCGCCCCCGAGUACCGCCACUGGCAAAUCGCCCUAGGCCGCAGAUUUCGAGCCCUAAAACUGUGGUUUGUCUUGCGAAUCUACGGGGUCGAGGGCAUCCAGAAGCACGUCCGAGGCCAAAUAGCUCUGGCGAAGUUCUUCGAAGACCUGGUCUGCGCAGACCCCAGGUUCGAGGUGUGCACUUCCAACAUGGGCUUGGUGUGUUUCAAACUGAAAGGGGACGAGUCGCUCACCAUCAAACUCCUCGAGGAAGUCCAAAAACGCAAGAACAUUUUCGUGAACACUGGCCACUUCCAGGGGCGUCACGUCAUCCGAUUCGCCAUCUGCAGUCGGCUGACGGAACGCAGACACGUGGAAUUUGCAUGGAACGAGUUUUGCUCGGUCGCUAAUAUCUUGGAGGGCAGGAAAAUGGAGACUAUGGAUAAACCCAUGCCCACUAUCGAAAUCGCGAACAUGAGCUGUCAAAAAAUAAGGGAGAAGUCGAAGUAGUGGUGAUGGGUAUUUGCGGGUCACGUGACAUGUGUGAAGGGGCGUGGCUUGCAAAUACCGCCUAUUUGUUGUAUGUACAUAUUUAUUUGUUGUGGUUGUUGAAGUCACUAAGAAUGUAGAUUGAAAUA